AUGGACUCGAUGUACGCGGCCUUCGACAGCAAGAACGAGCACACGCGCAGCCAGCACUGCUGGACCACCAAUUCGUCGUCGAUUGGCGGCGACGAGCCAUGUCCCGUAAAAGAGGUUGGUGCCCACCUCGAGGUGGUACAGACGCUACGCGCCCACGACCGGCCAAACCUUGCCACGAGGCAGACACUACCACCACCACCACCACGGUGUGCCUCGAUACGCGCGUACUACCGCCGCCACCGCCGUCCACUGCUCUGGCUUCUCCUCUACACACUGGGCAACGCGGCGGCCUUUUGCUCCAAGACGAUGCAGUACCCCAAGGACGCGGUUGUCGGCUACGGCCUCACGAUCGCGCGCGGGUGUGCGCAGGUUGUCAUGCUCAACAGCCUCCUCGUGCUGCUUCCGUUCUGCCGCUGCAUCUUUGCUCUUCUGCGGCUCGUUCCAAGCCUCGCGUACUAUGUGCCGAUCGAGCAAGCCAUGGUGUUCCACAAGCUCUCGGGUAUCGUGCUCCUCCUCGCAGGUCUGCUACAUGUCGGCGCGCAUGUGGCCAACCUUGUGUUCUUUUAUGCCCUCCCGGUACCCGCCGACGCAGACGCAUCGUACGUCAAGGCGCUCAUCCCGCUGCUCCGUGACGCGACAGCGUGGCCGCCACUCAGGAAGCUGUGCGCCUCACUGCCAUUUUGGACGGGCGGCGCGAUGCUCGUCAUCAUCCUUAUCGCCGUGCCAUUGGCCGUGCUGCCAUGCGUCCGGCGGCGUCACUUCAACGUCUUUUGGUACAGCCACCUCAUGUUCUUACUCUUUCUCGUUUUGCUCUCGUUUCAUGGCGCCACGUCAUGGUUCAGCACGGCCCAAUCGUAUCUCUGGAUCGGGCCGCCGCUCCUCAUAUACCUCGUCGAGCGGCGUGUACGCAUCGCCAAGCGCGCGGUCGACGCUGUCCGCAUUUCGGACGUCGUUCAUUUUCGCGACACGCUGCGCCUACACCUCGUCAAGCCCAAGGGGUUUACCUUUGUGCCUGGCAUGUUUGUCUACGUCAACAUCCCGAGCCUCGCAGCGUGCGAGUGGCACCCGUUCACACUCACGUCGGCCCCCGACGAUGCAUUUCUCUCGCUCCACAUUCGUGUCACCGGCGACUGGACGUUGGCGCUCUACCACCGCGACCUUCAUCCGAACGACAUGCUCUUUCUCGAUGGACCCAUCGGGACGCCAGCGGUCGCCUACCGCGACUACUCGACGAUCGUGCUCAUCGGCGGCGGCAUUGGUAUCACGCCGUUUGUGUCGAUCCUUCGAGACCUUCUCCACGUGUGGAACCGCCACCAGUGCGCCGCAUGUGACCACCUCGUGCACCCGCCGUCGUGCGUGACGCAGCGCGUCCAUGUGUUCUGGGUCGCGCGGGAAGAAGAGUCGUUCGAGUGGUUUCACGACACAAUGCAGGACGUCGCGCGUCUCGAUGUCAACGGCAUUGUCGAUGUGCAGUGCUUCUUGACGGCCAGUGACGCAAUGACCGUCACCUCGAGCGCGCGGCACGUGGUGCACCGCGGUCGCCCAGCGUGGCCGACGAUUUUUGAGGCCUUGGCGGCGGCGCAUGCCGACGACACGGUUGGCGUCUUCCACUGCGGCGCCAAGGCGAUGGCGCGCGACGUGCAAGCCAUUUGUGACAGCUACAGCGAUGCGACGACCCACUUUGCGUUCCACGCCGAGCAGUUUGAGUAG